UUCCCAGAAAAGCCACACAAGCAUUUACCUGACGUGGCCACAAGGGGCGCUCUCUAGUGAGUCCAGUAGAAGACUUCUUGUCAGUUGACUGCUGCCACUUUUCUGUGCAGAAUAGCGUUUCGUUUUCUCUCCUCACUGUGACGUCACAGAAUGCUGACUCCUCAUUGGCUCAGGUGGAGUAUUAUAAAAAGAGCCUCGACAGUUCCUGGUUCAUUUUUCCUGUUUGCGAGUCAAGCGAGUGUUCGUCACUUUUGUCUUUCUCUGCGGGAUUAAAAGUGGCAAACAUCUUUUUGUUUCGCGCUGACAUCAUGAACUUGUUUUUAUUCUUUCUUCUGGUCGUGCAAAUGCACAGCGUGACGCCUGUGAUUCACACGCUGCAGUAUUUCUACACUGUGUCCUCUCAAGUUCCAAACUUCCCAGAGUAUGUGAGUGUUGGUUAUGUUGAUGGAGUUCAGAUUGAUCACUAUGACAGCAACAGCAGGAAAGCAGAAGCCAAACAAGACUGGAUGAACAAAAUCACAGCAGAGGAUCCAAAAUACUGGCAGAGACAAACAGGGAUCAAUAUUGGUAAUGAGUUGAGGGGCAAACACAGCCUUGAAGUUCUUAAGAAGCGUUUCAACCAAACUGGAGGUGUUCACAUUCUCCAGUGGAUGACUGGAUGUGAAUGGAAUGAUGAGACUGAUGAAGUUAAAGGUUGGUAUCAGAGAGGUUAUGAUGGAGAAGAUUUCAUAUCGUUGGACAUGAAGACAUGGACAUUUACUGCAGCAAAACAACAAGCUUUCCCCGACAAACUCAAGUGGGACCAGAACAAACAUCUACUAGAAUACUAUAAGUUUUACUACACUGAGGAUUGUCCUUCUUACUUGAAGAAGCAUGUGAACAAUGGGAAGGAGGUCCUAAUGAGAACAGAGCUUCCAGAGGUGUUCCUGCUCCAGAAGACGCCGUCCUCUCCGGUCAGCUGCAUGGCGACAGGUUUCUACCCCGACGGUGCCGACCUGUUUUGGAGGAAAGACGGCGAGCAGAUCUUCGAGGACGUGGAGCACGGAGAGAUACUCCCCAACCACGACGGAACCUUCCAGAUGUCGGUGGCGCUGAAAGUGGAGGUGACGGCCGACGUGGAGGGCAAGUACGAAUGUGUGUUUCAGCUGUCAGGCGUCAAGGAGGACUUGGUCACCAAGCUGGAGAGAAGAAGCAUCCUGAGCAACGCAAGCCAUGAAGACAACUUGAGCGUCGCCCUCGCUGCCACGGCGGCGGUCCUCGCUGUGGCGGCCAUCAUCCUCAUCAUCAUCAUCAUCAUGGUCAUGGUCAGGCGUCACAGAAACAGACAAGCCCAGUACGAUCCAGCUGGUAAGUAAAACAUCUUUUCUUUGAGCCGCAAGAAACAAAGCCGUGGUGAAGCGUCACUCACAUGGAGGUCUGAUGUGGACCUUUGUUACAAGUUUAGCCGGAAAAGCCCAACUGGAGCUGACUCCUUCACAAUAAAAGUCCCUCCUGUGAGCACACGCAAUACAAAGUCUGGCAUAUCUCACUUUUGACAGGAGUCCUCAUGAUGAGGAUCAGCCAAAUGAGACAUCAAGUGUGCUGACUCGUCAUGUUUCCAAGUCACACCUCAAAGAUCUGAUGUGAGUGACGAGGCACCUUCUGGAUGUUCUUCCUUCACCGUUUGCGUUUGUCCCGCAGCUCGCCACGGCGGCGUGGAGCUCGACGAGAACGUGCAGGCGGCUGAAGGCUGAGUAAGCUCACAUGGACUGUCUGCACCUCCAAAUGUUCUUGUGUGAAGAUGAUGUUCAACUUGGAUUCACCUGCUUCUGUCGGGAAUGUGCUGAGUGGUCUUCUUCCUCCAGGAUGCUUUGUGCACUGGAACACAGGGAGAUGUCUCCAUCGCUGAGGGACGUCAUCACACUCGGAGAUGAGAUGGAGAUGUGCUUUGUUCUUCGUCCGACUGCUCCUCACGCUAUUCCAUGUAUUCUUCUUUGGCCGUUAAAAGACUUUCAAGAUCAAACGUUGGUGGCUGUAAAAUCGCACGUUUCAUGGCCUUGACGUCAUGACGAGGAUUUCUUCUUUUCUUUCAAUGGCCGCUGCUUAUGAUCAAUAUCACAUUGUGUCACAUCUCUGUCAAUAAAUCCGUUUUUUCUCCA